AUGGAAAAGGAACAUGGGAACCAAACCAACUUUGCUGGAUUCAUCCUCUUGGGUCUCUCCACCUCACCCAAGUUCCAGGGUCUCCUCUUCCCCCUCUUCCUCUCUAUGUACUUGGUUAGCCUGCUGGGGAACCUCUUGAUCAUCUUGGUGAUCUGCUCCAACAAUGCCCUCUUCCAUACCCCCAUGUACUUCUUCCUCAGCCAUCUGUCACUGGCUGACAUCGGAUUCAGCUCCAACGCUGUGCCCAAGAUGCUACAGAUCUUGGUGUCCAAGACGAACACCAUAUCCUAUAGCGGAUGCUUGACCCAACUGUACUUCUUUGUCGUUUUUUGCACCACCGAUAACUUCCUCCUGGCCUCCAUGGCAUACGACCGCUACGUGGCCAUCUGCCGCCCCCUACAUUAUAGUACGAUAAUGAGCUACAAGCGUUGCCUGCUACUGGCGGCUGGAUCUUGGUUCCUGUCCAACGCCCAGGGCCUGUUGUAUGUAUUUUCGAUAUCUAGUUUUUCCUUCUGCGCUUCCCGGGAGAUCCCCCAUUUCUUCUGUGAUGUCCACCCUUUAAUCAAACUCUCCUGUUCAGACACUUCCUCUGUCGAAAUGAUGCUUAUGUUUGAAGGUACGGCAACCAUGCUCGGACCCCUCAUGCUUAUUGUCAUUUCCUACAUCUUCAUUGUAUUUAAAGUAUCAAAGGUCCCCUCAGCUUCCGGGAAGUACAAGGCCUUUUCUACCUGCAGUUCCCACCUCACCACAGUGGCCUUAUUCUACGGCACUCUGAUCGGAACCUAUAUCCGUCCAUCGUCCACCUAUUCGGGCACAAAACUGAGCGUGGCAUCCAUUUUCUACACCGUUGUCACACCUAUGCUCAACCCCUUUAUAUAUAGCCUGAGGAACAGGGAGAUGCACGGGGCCAUGAGGCGGCUGUUGAGGAAACAAAAGGUACGGUUAGAGCAUCUGGAAAAUGGUAUCAGGCUACAGCCUUAG